GGAACUGGAAAUAGAGCCAAGGCGCAUACACCUCCAAGACCACCCGAAAGAACCAGCAUACACCCCAGUCGAACAGUUAUCAUGGUUCUCGGUCGUUCUGAUAAGGUUGAGACGGGAGAAGAUGUCGAGCAGCUUGAGGAUGAGGGGAAGAACAUCAUUCUGGGGAUUAUCUCGCAGUUGAGACCCGGGAUGGACUUAACGAGGGUCACAUUGCCUACAUUCAUCUUGGAGCCGCGGAGUAUGCUUGAGCGAAUCACAAACUUCAUGUCCCACCCCGAACUCCUGCUCCCAAUCCACGCCAUCGACGACCCCGUCGAACGAUUCGUCUCCGUCUGCCGCUACUACCUCUCCGGCUUCCACAUCAAACCCCCCGGCGUAAAAAAGCCCCUCAACCCCGUCCUCGGGGAACAAUUUACCUGCGAAUGGACCUUCCCCGACGGCACGCAAGCUCUCUACCUCGCCGAACAGGUGUCUCAUCACCCGCCUGUGUCCGCGUACUUUUACGCGAGUCCGGAGCAUAAGAUUAGGGUCGAUGGAACGUUGAUUCCGAAGAGUAGGUUUUUGGGGAAUAGUGUUGGGAGUAUGAUGGAGGGGAAGGCGAGAUUGAGCUUUACGGAUAGGCCGGGGGAGGAGUACGUUCUUACUCAGCCCAACAUGUAUGCUAGGGGAAUCCUCUUUGGCACGAUGAAGUUGGAACUCGGCGACCACUCCUUCAUCCGCUGCGACAAGAACGACUUGGUAGCCGACAUCGAAUUCAAAACAAAAGGCUUCAUCAGCGGCACCUACAACGCCAUCUCCGGCAAAAUCAAGCGCAUCUCAACCGGUGAAGCACUCUACGAAAUCUCCGGAAAAUGGAACGAAGAGAUGACCCUCCGCGACCUGCGCACGAAGAAGACCACGAUCCUCUUCGACGCGCGUGGUGCCCGUCCCGCGACGCACGACAUGAAGCCUCUCUCAGAACAGGAUGAGAGGGAGAGUCAGAGGUUGUGGGAUCCGGUUACGAGGGCGAUUAAGAAGAGGGAUCAGGAUGCUGCGACGGAUGCGAAGAGCGCGAUUGAGGAGAGGCAGAGGCAGGAACAGAGGAGGAGGGAGGCGGAGGGGGCGCAGUGGGAGCCGAGAUUUUUUGUCAGGAGGGCUGGGACGGCGGAUGAGUGGAUUUUGAAGGAGGAUGUUGACUUUUCGGGUGAUUCGGAGGAGGUGAAGAAGCAUAUUAGGGCGAUUACGACGGGGUAUGUCGAGCCUACGACUUCUACCACCAGCACUGCAGCAGCUACGUCGACGGUUCCGGCAACACCGACGAAACCUCCAGCUCCCCAACCUGGCGCGACACCCUCUUCCGCAUCGCGUCCACCUCAAUUGUCGUACGGCGGCGGCGUACCAGCCACCCCAUCCCAGACUGCAACGCCAACGUCUCCAACUCGUAUCACUGGCGGACCCGCACACGUUCCGGCGAUCCCAGGCACACCAGCCGCCGCCGCCUCGGCCUACCCCGCAUGCGUCCCAUCUGCAGCUACCGGACCAAGGGCCACACCGAAUGCAGUGGGAGUUGCAACACACAGCAGAAUACCGUCCGACUCCUCUGACACGUCCGAGAAAUUCGUGGAUGCGCCCGAGAACCCUCUCCACGAUCCGAUGUCGUCCUUGUCGAUGAACGACACCAAACAGAGUCGCCGGCGAUCGCUCUUGGACAAGGUUGGAUUGUAGUAGUAUAUCAGGCUAGGAUAGAUAAAUCAGCUUCGAGAACCCUAAGCGGAGAUUUUCGUCGAUUUCGCUUAGUUGAUUACGUGAUGGCGCUAACGGCGAAGGCGUGGGAAGACGGA